AUGAAGGCCUCUCAAGUUCUCGCUGCCGGCGCUCUCGUCGCCCCUGCCCUGGCUCAGAACCGCACCGAGAUUGUCACCAUCACCGACACUGCUUAUACUACCUACUGUCCUGUGCCUACCACUAUUCCCAUUGGCAACAUGACUUAUACCGUCAGCAAGGCUACUACUCUUACCAUCACCAAUUGCCCUUGCACCUUGACCAAGACCGGCUGGUUCAAGCCCACGGCCACGCCUACGGCCCAACCCGUGUGCCCCGGCGGUGAGGAUUGCGGCCAUGGCGGCAACGACGGCGGUAACAAUGGCGGAGACCAUGGGUGCGAUGGGGAGGAUUGCGGCAGCAACGGCGGCAAUCCUGGGGGUAACGGCGGCAACGGCGGAGGCAGCGAGUGUAAUGGAAAGGACUGCGGUAACAAUGGCGGCAACGGUGGCAACCCUGGAGGCAACGGUGGUAAUAAUGGUAAUAACGGCGGCAACGAGUGCAAUGGAAAGGACUGCGGCAGCAACGGCGGUAACCCCGGAAGCAACGGCGGUAACCCGGGAAGCAACGGAGGCAACAACGGCGGCUCUGGCAACCCGACUCCGGCGCCCCAGGGCGGCUGUGACGAAAAGACCGGCGCUGGCUGCCCUGCUGACCAGACUCCAACCGGUGCCCAGCCCACCGGUACUUCUGUCGUAGUUGCCGGUGCCAACGUCAACGGCUUGAGCGCCGGAGCCAUGGUGGUUGCUGGGUUUGCCGCCAUGAUGCUGUGA